UCCCUUGGGCGGCGGCAGUAGCAGCAGAGAUGGAGGAAGCCGACUCUCUCCCAGCGCCUGGGGGAGCAGAGGCGUUAGCCGCAGCGACCUCGGCAGAUCCGGGGGAGACCAGCAGUGGAAACAUACAUUCCCCCCAUAUGGCAGGUGACUCAAUGGAGAUCGAUGAUGCUUUAUACAGUCGACAAAGAUAUGUUCUUGGAGAUUCAGCAAUGCAGAAGAUGGCCCGAUCCCAUGUUUUCUUAAGUGGCAUGGGUGGACUUGGUGUAGAAAUCGCUAAGAAUGUUGUUCUUGCUGGAAUCAAGGCACUUACAAUUCAUGACACAAAGCAAUGUCAAGCAUGGGAUCUAGGAACUAACUUCUUUAUCUGUGAAGAUGAUGUUAUAAAUAGAAGAACCAGAGCUGAAGCUGUUAUUCAUCAUGUUGCAGAGCUAAAUCCAUAUGUCCAUGUCACAUCAUCUUCUGUGUCUUUAGAUGAAACAACAGACCUCUCCUUUCUAAAACAGUAUCAGUGUGUAGUAUUGACUGAAAUCAGGCUUCCAUUGCAGAAGAAGAUCAAUGAUUUUUGCCGUGCACAGCACCCACCUAUUAAGUUCAUCAGUGCAGAUGUAUUUGGAAUUUGGUCACGUUUGUUUUGUGAUUUUGGUGAAGAAUUUGAAGUGCUAGAUACGUCAGGAGAAGAACCAAAAGAAAUCUUCAUUUCAAACAUAACACAAGCAAAUCCUGGAAUUGUAACUUGUCUUGAAAAUCAUCCUCACAGACUUGAGACAGGAAAUUUUGUAACAUUUAGAGAAAUAAAUGGCAUGACGGGAUUAAAUGGAUUCACAAAACAAAUAACUGUGGUGUCACCAUUUUCUUUCAGUAUUGGUGAUACUACAGAAAUGGAGCCAUAUUUACAUGGAGGUAUAGCUGUUCAAGUUAAGACAUCUCAAACAUUUUGUUUUGAAUGCCUGGAGAAGCAAAUAAAACAUCCAACAUGCCUUAUUGCUGAUUUUAGCAAACCUGAGGCACCUCUACAGAUCCAUGCGGCAAUGCUUGCCCUGGACCAAUUCCAGGAAAACUAUAAUCGAAAGCCAAAUAUUGGGUGUCGUCAGGAUUCUGAAGAAUUAUUGAAAUUAGCAACAUCUAUAAGUGCAACCUUGCAAGAGAAGCCUGAAGUAGAUGUUAACAUUGUGAAUUGGCUCUCCUGGACUGCCCAAGGCUUCUUAGCUCCCCUAGCUGCAGCAAUAGGAGGAGUUGCCAGCCAAGAAGUAUUGAAAGCUGUGACGGGAAAAUUUUCUCCCUUAUGCCAGUGGCUAUAUAUUGAAGCAGCAGAUCUGUUUGAAUCUCUGGAUAAAUCUAACUGUGAAGAAUUCCUCCCAAGAGGAGAUCGAUAUGAUGCAUUAAGAGCUUGUAUUGGUGACACUUUAUGCCAAAAGCUUCAAAAUUUGAAUAUAUUCUUAGUUGGAUGUGGAGCAAUAGGUUGUGAAAUGUUAAAAAACUUUGCACUUCUUGGGAUUGGCACUGGCAAAGAGAAAGGAAUGGUAACAAUUACAGAUCCUGACUUAAUAGAAAAAUCUAAUCUAAAUAGACAGUUUCUGUUUCGACCCCAUCACAUACAGAAACCUAAAAGUUAUACUGCUGCUGCUGCAACUCUGAGUAUAAAUCCUCAGUUAAAGAUUGAGUCACACCUGCACAAAGUUUGUCCUGCCACUGAGAUGAUAUACAGUGAUGAAUUCUAUACUAAACAAGAUAUAAUUGUUACAGCUUUAGACAAUGUGGAAGCCCGCAGAUAUGUGGACAGCCGUUGCUUAGCGAAUCUACGUCCUCUCUUAGAUUCUGGCACAAUGGGCACCAAGGGACACACUGAAGCUAUCAUACCUCAUUUAACUGAGUCCUAUAAUAGUCAUCGAGAUCCUCCAGAAGAAGAAAUACCAUUUUGCACUUUAAAAUCUUUUCCAGCUGCUAUUGAACAUACUAUUCAGUGGGCACGAGAUAAGUUUGAAAGCUCAUUUUCCCACAAGCCUUCAUUGUUCAACAAAUUUUGGCAAACUUACUCAUCUGCAGAGGAGGUCUUACAGAGAAUACAGUCUGGAGAGAGUUUAGAAGGCUGCUUUCAGGUUAUUAAGUCACUUAGUAGAAGACCUAGAAAUUGGUCCCAUUGUGUGGAAUUAGCAAGAAUGAAAUUUGAAAAAUAUUUUAAUCAUAAGGCUCUUCAGCUUCUUCAUUGUUUUCCCCUGGACACACGAUUAAAAGAUGGCAGUUUGUUUUGGCAGUCCCCAAAGAGGCCACCUUCUCCAAUAAAGUUUGAAUUUAACGAUCCUUUACACUUCAGUUUCAUACAGACUGCUGCAAAGCUAUUUGCUACAAUAUACUGUAUACCAUUUACAGAAAAGGACUUGUCAGUAGAAAUUUUCUCCAAUAUACUUUCCAAAUUAGAAAUUCCAGAAUUCAAACCUUCAAACAAGGUUGUGCAAACAGAUGAAACUGCAAGGAAACCCGACCAUGUUCCUGUUAGUAGUGAAGAUGAGAGAAAUGCUGUUUUCCAGUUAGAAAAGGCCAUAUCAUCCAGUGAGGCUACUAAAAAUGAUCUUCAAAUGGUGGUGCUUUCAUUUGAAAAAGAUGAUGAUAGUAAUGGGCACAUAGAUUUUAUCACUGCAGCUUCCAAUCUUCGAGCCAAGAUGUAUAACAUUGAACCAGCUGACCGACUGAAAACAAAGCGCAUUGCAGGGAAAAUAAUCCCUGCUAUAGCAACAUCCACUGCUGCAGUGUCUGGUUUGGUUGCAUUAGAGUUGAUCAAAAUUGCUGGUGGCCUUCCAUUUGAAGCCUACAGAAAUUGUUUCCUUAAUUUAGCCAUUCCAAUUAUAGUGUUUACCGAGACAGCUGAAGUUAAAAAAAUUGAAAUCAGAAAUGGAAUAACAUUUACAAUCUGGGACAGGUGGACUAUUCAUGGAAAAGAAGAUUUUACCCUUUCAGAUUUCAUAAAUGCUGUCAGGGAGAAGUAUGGAAUUGAACCAACAAUGGUCGUACAGGGAGUCAAAAUGCUUUAUGUUCCUGUAAUGCCUGGUCAUAUAAAAAGACUAAAGUUAACAAUGCACAAGCUUGUGAAACCAUCAAGUGAAAAGAAAUACGUAGAUCUUACUGUAUCAUUUGCCCCAGAAAAUGAUGGUGAUGAAGAUUUGCCAGGACCCCCUGUAAGAUACUACUUCAGUCAAGACGAUUGACAGCAAUUUUAAAGUCACUCCAGGACCACUUCUUUUGAUAGGAGUGUACUUAACUUGAGUAACUCUUAAAUGUCAUAAUACGGUACUAUGUAUUUCUCUUUAAUGAAGCCUUAACUUAAAAAAGAAAGAAAAUUCAGUAGGAAACUGCACUGAAGAACUGUAAAACAGAAUUGAUUUAUUGUACACUUGUCCCUAAUCUUUUCAUACAUUGGUCUAGUCACAAGAAUGUCAGUUAUUGAACUGGAAUGCCAUUUUAUGACAUUUACCACAAGGGAAAAUAUAUGUAUUAUCCUGAAUGAGUGAAAACAGGAAGAAUAUAUUUAUCGGUCAUCCUUUUCAGAUGCGAACAAGGUCUAAGGAAGUGACAAUGAUCAAGAAUUUAAAGUCUUACAGAAUGGAAAUAGACAAGCUGCUUCGUGGAAUCAUUUUUUUUGUGGACUUUGAAAAUUUGAAAUGCUGUUUCUAUGUUCUAGUAUUUGUUUUGUUCCAGUACCUCAGAUGAUUAGGCUUUGAAACUCAAACAUCAAUUCUUUUGUGGAUGUCUUAGAAAAAAGAAUUUAUAAUUGUGGAGUAAAAAAAAAAUUCUUUUUAUGAGCAGCACUCUUCUGCUUCUUGUAAGGGGUUUUGACCAAUCUGUUACAUCAUCAUCAUCGUCAUCGUCAUCAUCAUCAUCACAGUUAGUAUAUUUAUCUACCCAAUCCAUAAAUCAGACCUUCUGUUGAAAACAUCAGCUUAUGAAGUAUAAGACGAGGAUCAGGUGAGGUUCUAUGUUAAUCUUGACCAAAUAAUUUAUGCUAAUUCUGACAAUUGCUUAUAGGCUACUUGGAGAUUACAGGGAGUUGAAUGGAAAAUAUGACUAAUCCUGAUUUUUAAAAUGCCUCUUAAAAUGUCAGAUGUCUUAUAAUAGUUUUUGUUUGGAAUUCACUAAGUCUGGUUUCCUCUGUAGCCCACCAGUCUAUAGGAGGUUUUAAGGAAGGGCAUCCUUGGAAAGAAAUGGAAAAUAGUAGUUAAAAUAUAAUACUUUUAACAUUUAUUCUGAUUAUGAAAAAAGAAUAUUUUUAUUGCCUAUUUCCAAAGACCAUGUGGACUGAGAUAGAUUUCUUUUUAAAAGCCCUAAUCAACAUAAAGUUUGUUUGUUGAGACCUAACAGAUAAAAAUGCAGGUACUCUCUUUCAAAUGAUCAGUUCCUCAGCACUGUCAAGUCAAUGAGGUCAGUAAAUGAUUGUUACUUUGGGAAUUAUCAUGCAGUCUAAAACAGCAAGCUGUUCAGAACAUCAGUGCAGUCAUUUUGCUAUAUUUCCCUUCUUUUUAUCUUCUCUCCCCCUUUUUUUUUUACUUUGUCUAAUUUGUCAGUAUGAGAAGGUUAUUCAAGAUGCCAAGUAUAAAAAUAUCAAAGAUAGAUAUUAAAAACUGGAUUUUGCAUCAAGUUUAGCUCAUGUUGAUUUCUAAUUUAAUAAGGGACAUCAUUUCUUUUCUUUAUACCAGUUAUAUAAAUUAUCUGAUUAAUUUUGCUUCUUAGUAAAAAAAAAAAAAGUCCUGUCACUACUAAAUCUCUAUUAUUUACUGAGGCAAAGUAGUCAAAGAAAAACUAAAAAUAAUUGUUUUUUAAAUCAUCAGUAUUUGCCAUGGUUCAUAUCUUAUUGCUUCAUAGUCCAAAUGAAAGAAUAAAUUGUUUUUCACAUUUCCUAUAUUGAGGGGAAAUUCAAAAUCCUGUGAUUUAUUUUGUCCCCAGUCCCUAAACUUUAAAAUGGGACUUUGUCCUUUACGCCACUUUCAAAUUAGUUAGGAGACAGUACUGAGAGUUUUCUGGGAGUUAAUUUAUGGUGUGCAAUUACUAGCUAUUGAUACCCAUGCAUUUAUUUAUUUGUAAUUUGGAGUGGUUUCCAUCACAUGGUUUCUUUAGGAGUAAACAUGAAACUUUUCUAUCAGUGAAUACUUUAGCAGUGUUAAUGAUUUUGUAGGUAUAAACAAAAUCAACAAUAUUAAGUUCAUUUUAUGGUUAUAACUGUCCAUUUAGAGACAAUUUUUUCUGCAACUAAUAUUUCCAAUCUGAUUAUUUCUACCCCCUUUGGAAUGCCAUUGUGAGCUUCCACGUGUUCUUCCUUUAAUUGUACAUGUGUGCAUUUCUGUAGUGUGAAAUCUACAUACAUCAGUGACAAAUAUCAGAUGUAAAGAUGAAAAACAUGAUUUGUACAGGACCAUCAGGUAAUUUUUUACUUAUUAAAAUUAUUAAAUUCAUAAAA